AUGGAGUCCGAUGUAAUCGAGCCAAGCCUUCUGUCGUUCUUCCCGCAUUUGUCUCCAAAGGAUAUGUCAUCGCUCAGACCACUACUGUUUACCAAAGCGACCGGAAGAGAAAGAAAAAUUGCUUUUUGCAUGCUAGUAGUGAAACGCGAAAAACCAUACAUUCUUCAAUCACUGCACUCACUGCUCACUAAUCUUGAAAAGCAAUGGAGGCGUAAAGUGGUUUUCAUUGUGAUGUUCGCCUACAUUAAAACAAGGACGAAGUCAUUUAUGCACCUUAUGGACCAAAUACUAAAAACGUUUGCAGCUGAGAUUCAAAUGGGCCUAGUCGAGGUAGUCGCGAUCCCUCCAAAAUGGUACGAUUUCGAUAUGGGCUCCAUUCAAUCGACGUUUAAGGAUUCACCUGAGCGCAUAAUUUGGAGAACCAAGCAAAACCUAGUACCAGGUCGGCUCGAGGAGUGCAGAGGGUAUUUGGCCAAGAAACAUUUCGUUUUCAUAGUCAUGCGGAAAAGCAAGCUCAGUUUCUUCCCCAAAUCGCGAUGCACUACAUGGCAGCGCAGACGCUAUGUGCGCCUAAUAUACGAUGCGGCUCGCAAUUUACAUCGUAUUAUGGUCAGCCCACCUGUAUUUCAACACAUCGAUUCUUUACCUCAUAGCACACCACAGAACUUAAAGGAUGAGAUCACGAACAAUUACAUCUACCAUAAAAAUCCGGUCAAUCCACCGGCAAUCCUGAGGACAUCAAUGAUACAAGUUCUACAGCAUACAGCUCAAGCUGCCUAUAACAGCCAUGAGUAUAUGUGGUUCACGGAAAUUGGAGCAGGCGACUACCUGACUGUCGACUUUGCAGUUCCAGCAAGAAUUGUUGGAAUCCUAAUAAUCUCUGGUGUCGAUCCUGCCCCACUUGGCCGAUUUGGACCCGAAACGGUCGUUUCUGUUAGAUAUCAUGAUGGUAAUCGCAGGAAUCUGGGUAACUUCACAGUGGAUGGCGAUUUUCUGGCACAUCUUGAUGGACUGGAAGUGUCAUCGCUGGAAUUGCUAGUCACUGCACAGAUUGGUCAUCCUGUCAGCGGAAAUCUCAUUGAGAAAGAAAUUGCCGGAAAUCGGUUGCUCAGCUCUGUAUUCCUCCAGCAUACGGCCUUCUGCAUACCAGUCGUUUUGCGUAAAGAAGCAUACAUUUUCAGGACAUUGCAUUCACUUUUAAGUUUGAGUAAUCUUGAAGAGGAGUUCAGACAUGAUGUGGUCUUCAUUGUUAUGUUUGCUUUCAUCGACACAGCGGUGGAUUCCUUUAACUCUAUGAUAGAAGAUAUAUUAGGAGAAUUCGCCAACGAAAUCCAAACGGGAUUGCUGGAGGUAGCUGCCAUCCCUCCAAAAUGGUACGAUCUCGAAUUCGAUGCCAUACAGCCGACCUUUAAUGAUUCGCCUGAGCGUAUGCAGUGGAGAACGAAGCAGAAUCUGGAUUACAUCUAUCUUAUGAACUACGGUAGCAGACGAGCUGAUUAUUACAUGCAGUUGGAAGAUGAUAUCAAAGCGACUUCGAGAUAUGGGAGAAUAAUAUUUGACUAUAUAAAAUUCAAACAAGACAGACCAUGGUUCAUUAUGCAAUUCUCGACUCUUGGAGCUAUUGGAAGAUUGUACAGAAGUGAAGACGUGAAAUAUCUAACAUAUGCGAUAGCAUUGUACUAUCGAUAUAAACCAGUUGACUGGAUAUUAUACAGCGUUGAGAAUAGUCGCUAUUGUUCUUCAUACGGCGAAUUGACUCAUUGUAAACAAGACCGGGACUUAUGUAGUGUAACGGUGGCCCCACCACUAUUCCAACACAUCGGCAGAGUAUCAUCCCUUUCUGGAAAAGCUCAGAAGUUGAGGGAGAGAAUCGAAAAAGCUUCAACUCAAAAAUGUGACAAAUUGCAGUCAAAACGUGGCAAUCCAUCAGCGAGAAUCACGUCAACAAUGCAUCACUACAGAGAGUGUACCGCUCAGGCUGGAUACGACAAGGAGGGAUAUAUGUGGUUCAUAGAUGUGAAACAAAAUGACAGUUUGAUUGUCGACUUCGAAAAGCCUGCAAGAAUCACAAGUGAGAUGUUUGCUGUUGACUGA